AUGGCCGAAACGCAGGAGUCCACUAUUGGCAGCUCGCAGCAGUCGACCGAUUCGUUGAUGGAAGCAAACCCCGGCAUUGCAGCCCUUGCCGCCGCUGACGCCUUCCGCAACUCUGAAGUCGGCGUCAUUGAGGAGGCUGAAGGAGGAGCUGCCGUGGCCAGCAGCAAUUCGGGCAGCAAUGGCGAAAGUGUUGCGGAGAACUUCAAAGUGCCGUCACCGCCGCCGUCCCAGGACUCCAACGAUAAAGACUUGCUGGUCGAGGCAGUUCAGUCUAUGCAGCAGGGAAAGCGUCACAUGAUUGUCUCCGACUACAAAUCGGCCGUCCCCUGCUUCGAGCAUGCUUGCCAGCUGCUCGACUCCAUCUACGGACCCGGUAAAGCGGAGAGCGCUGAAGCCUACCUUCACUACGGCAUUUCACUCUUUGAGCUCUCUCGACUCGAAGAAGGAAUCAUGGAUGGAGUGGUCAAUGUCGAAAAUCAAAUCUCCUCUGACGAGGAGGAGGGCGAUGAAGAGCAGGAGGAGGAGGGAGAUGAGGGCGAAACGCCGGCUCCCGACACUGGAGACGACAAUGAGGCCGAGGCUAAGGCUUCAUCGCCCGAGGAGGAGUCAGCUCAGAGCAGCGACGACAAAGUAGAUAUUGAUCUCACACAGCCAUCUACUUCCAAGGGCGAGGCCGCCUCCUCUGCUUCGGGCGUGAUUACCUCUAAUGGCGACAAUGAUGAGGACGAUGACGCCGACGCUCCCAGCAGUGUGGAGAUCGCCUGGGAAGUGCUCACCAUGGCGAAGGAUAUCUACGAGGCCCAGACUCCUGAUCUGAGCAAGGAGAAUCAGCUAAACCUGGCGGAGGCGCUGCAGAAGCUGGGCGAGAUCAGUAUUGAGUGGGAGAACAACGAGAACGCCAUUCACCUGCUGAGUGAGUGUCUGGAGCACCGCAAGGCGGCCCUGGAUCCGGACGAUCGCCUCAUCGCCCUCACCUACCACUUCCUGGGCAUUGCCUUCUCCUUCAAGAAUGAAAUUGACCGCGCCAACUCGUGCUUUGAGAGCGCCCUCGACGUCAUUCAGAUGCGCAUCAAGCACCUGAAGGAGCUCCCCACCGACGGCAUGGAUCAGUUUGAGAAGGACUCGCACGAGCAGGAGAUCAGCCAGCUGAAUGACCUGAUUCCCGAGCUGACGGCCAAGAUUGAGGACAUCAAGGAGCAGAUGCAGAGUCAGUUCAAGACACUCGAGAGCUUGCAGAAGGAAUCGGAGAAGGAGGAGACCAAAACUGUUCAACCCUGUGCGGACAAGCCGGUCAAUAACAUUUCACAUCUCAUCAAGCGCAAGAAAGAGGCUGAUAGUGAUGCGGCCGCUGAGAAUGGAAAUUCGGAGGGGUCAAACGGUGUGAAGAAGGCUCGCACUGAAGAGAACAAUGCAGUUGUCGAAUCAAGUGAGGCCACCGCCGCCACCAAUUAA